GUUAUCGAUUGCAGUAGAAGUCUAAUAAUAUUGCGGCCAUUUCUAAGAAUACAAACAGCGAAAAAUAAUUUAUUAAAAAGAGAUUAACUAAUUGUUGGGUGUCCUUUUUCAAAAAAUUAUGUCGGACCUAGUCUGGAGCAUUAAGAAUGGUGAAUUGGAUCAAGUACAACUUGCGUUGGAAGCAAAGUCGCACGACAUAAAUUCAGAAUUAAAUGGUAGAUAUCCCUUACACUACGCCGCUGACUACGGGCAGUACGACGUUUUGGAAUAUUUGAUUAAUAAAGGAGCCAAUAUUAAUAUUAUGGACAAACAUGGUAUAACUCCUUUACUGGCCGCCAUUUGGGAGGGACAUACAAAAUGCGUAAAAUUGCUUUUGGAGAAAGGUGCUGAGCAAAACGGCAAAACUCCCGAUGGAAAAAGCUAUAUCGAGGCUGCCGAAAAGGAGGAAAUACGUCGACUGCUAUCCUAAAUUUACUAUUUGGCCAAUAUGUCUACAUGCAUUUGAUUUUUACCCUUUUUAAAACCGUAAACAUUCAUUAUAAACGUAUUAUAAUUAAUAAUAAAAUGAACAUGUAUGUAUACUUUUAUGACGUUGCUUCAAUUCAAUUCAAUUUAAAAUAAAUUUGAAGUCUGAAGGGCCCAUGUUCGCCUUUUUCAAUCUGAAUUAGAAUAUAAAAUAACAUUCUCUCCUUUAAGUAUUCCAAAAUAAGCAUUUAA